AGACAGUCGAGGAGCGAAAUUAGCAAACUUCCAAUUUCCAAACUGAAAACAACGCCCUGUUUGGUGGUGUACUUUGUCUUGAAUACUGAAGUUCAAACUUAGUUACUCAUUUCUCAUUUCUCAUUACCACCAAAAUUCCAUGGGAGAAAGAGUCACCCUAUUCAAAUUAUAGAAAUCCUCACUUCCUCAGUCCUCCUUCCAAUUAUUCCCUGAAAUCCAAACUCACAUUUUUCAUCCUUUCCAAACGCGCCCUUCUUUCUGCUGGGUUUAUUAUGUCCUUUUAAAGUUUCAUCUUCAACUUCUUCCGACUGUUAAACCCUAGAAAUAUUUCAAGCAGUUCAAUUUCUUCAGAGUUUUAGGGUUUUUUCCCUAAAUUCUUCCCGCCAUGAGUCCUAUUCAGAAUUUCGAGCAGCAUUCUAGCCUCCUAAUCGACCCUGACCUCCCAAUUCAAACAAGAUUGCAGAUGGCAAUGGAGGUACGGGAUAGUCUAGAGAUAGCACACACGGCUGAGUACUUGAAUUUCUUAAAGUACUACUUUCGAGCUUUCUCUGUGAUUCUUCUUCAGAUAACAAAACCACAGUUAACUGAUAAUCCUGAACAUAAGCUCCGAAACAUUGUGGUUGAGAUUUUAAAUCGUCUGCCACAUAGUGAAGUGCUCCGACCCUUUGUUCAGGACUUGUUGAAGGUUGCAAUGCAAGUGCUCACAACUGAUAAUGAAGAAAAUGGAUUGAUAUGUAUUCGUAUCAUUUUCGACUUGCUCAGGAAUUUCCGACCUACACUUGAGGCUGAAGUACAGCCAUUUCUAGACUUUGUGUGUAAAAUAUACCAGAAUUUUAGAUUAACAGUGAGCCAUUUCUUCGAGAAUGGGGCGACAAUGGUAGCAGUUCCACCCGUUGGCACACCUGGAGGUGGAGAUGAUAUUAAGCCAAUGGAUACGUCUGAUCAGUUGACUCCUUCUUCUAGUGGCAGCGGGCUUAGUGGUGCCGCUACUGGGUACCAUGGAUCUGGCCAGCUAAAUCCCAGUACAAGGUCAUUUAAAAUUGUUACUGAGAGUCCGUUGGUGGUCAUGUUUUUGUUCCAAUUAUAUAGCCGGCUUGUUCAGACGAACAUCCCUAAUCUGUUGCCACUCAUGGUGGCAGCUAUUUCUGUUCCCGGUCCUGAGAAAGUGCCCCCCCAUAUGAAGACACAAUUUAUUGAAUUAAAGGGUGCACAAGUUAAGACUGUUUCCUUUUUGACGUACCUCCUGAAGAGUUUUGCUGAUUAUAUCAGGCCACAUGAGGAGAGCAUCUGUAAGAGUAUUGUUAACUUGCUUGUUACCUGUUCUGACUCUGUUUCCAUUCGGAAGGAAUUACUUGUAGCCCUAAAACAUGUUCUUGGAACAGAUUUUAAGAGGGGUUUGUAUCCCUUGAUAGACACAUUGCUGGAAGAGAGGGUUCUUGUCGGAACUGGAAGGGCGUGCUAUGAGUCGUUGAGGCCACUGGCUUAUAGCUUACUGGCAGAGAUUGUUCAUCAUGUUCGAGUAGAUCUCUCCCUGCCACAGCUCUCUCGUAUUAUCUACUUGUUCUCUAGCAACUUGCACGAUGCCUCACUGACAUUGAGUAUUCACACCACAUGUGCUCGCCUUAUGCUGAAUCUGGUUGAACCAAUCUAUGAAAAGGGAGUUGAUCUACCUUCAAUGGAUGAAGCACGGAUUUUGCUGGUUCGGAUUUUGGAUUCUUUCAUUGGGAAGUUUAGUACCUUCAAACACACAAUUCCCCAGCUGCUUGAGGAGGGUGAUGAAGGAAAAGAUCGAGCCUCAUUGAGGUCAAAGCUGGAGCUUCCAGUUCAGGCUGUUCUAAACAUGCAGGUACCAAGUGAACAUUCCAAGGAAAUCAAUGAUUGUCGACAUCUUGUCAAGACUUUAAUCAUGGGAAUGAAAACUAUAUUUUGGACCUUAACUCAUGUUCAUGCUCCCCGUCCUCAGGCUUCUGCUGCUCAAAAUCAGAUGUUCGCAAAUGGUUUACCUAUAUUCAAAGGCUUGAAGGAAGAUGAGGUGUGGAAAGCUUGUGGAGUUCUGAAAAGUGGUGUGUAUUGUUUACUCAUUUUCAAGGAUACUGAUGAUGAAAAGGAUAUGCUUGGGCACUUCUCUCAGACAUUGGCUAUUUUGGAACCUCGAGAUCUGAUGGAUAUGUUCUCGUUUUGCUUGCCAGAGCUUUUUGAAUGCAUGACUUCUAACAAUCAGCUAGUUCUUAUCUUUUCUACACUGCUGCAAGUAGCCAAGGUUUUCCGUCCCUUUUCAGAUGUUUUGAUCAAUUUCCUUGUUAGCAAUAAGCUUGAUGUAUUGAAACAGCCAGAUUCCCCUGGUGCAAAAUUAGUGUUGCACCUGUUUCAUUUAUUGUUUGCAGCGGUUGCAAAAUUCCCAUCAGACUCAGAACGCAUACUGCUGCCUCAUGUGCCUGUUAUUAUUGAGGUCUGUAUGAAAAAUACCACUGAAGUUGAGAAGCCUAUAGGUUAUUUGCAGCUUCUUCGAACAAUGUCUCGUGCACUUGCUGGUGGAAAGUUCGAACUUAUAUUGCGAGACUUGAUUCCUUUGCUACAACCUUGUUUGAAUAUGUUACUGGCCAUGUUGGAAGGACCAGCUGGAGAGGACAUGAGGGAACUUUUAUUGGAAUUGUGCCUAACUUUGCCUGCACGUUUAAGUUCUUUGUUGCCAUUCCUUCCCCGACUUAUGAAGCCUCUUGUUUUAUGCUUGAAAGUGAGUGAUGAACUCGUUAGCUUGGGGUUGAGGACAUUAGAAUUCUGGAUAGAUAGUUUAAAUCCUGACUUUCUUGAGCCAAGUAUGGCAAAUGUCAUGUCUGAAGUGAUCUUGGCUUUGUGGUCUCACUUGAGACCUGCGCCUUAUCCUUGGGGUGGAAAAUGUUUACAACUCCUUGGGAAGUUAGGUGGGCGCAAUAGGCGUUUCCUGAAAGAGCCACUGGCUUUAGAGUGCAAGGAAAAUCCAGAGCAUGGUAUCCGUGUGAUUCUUACAUUCGAGCCUGGAACCCCAUUUUUGGUGCCUUUAGAUCGUUGCAUAAAUCUUGCUAUAGCUACUGUUAUGCAGAAAAACGGACACGUCGAAAUCUUUUAUAGAAAGCAGGCGUUAAAGUUUCUUCAUGUGUGCCUAUCCGCUCAGUUGAAUUUGCCAGGAAACAUUGCUGAUGAGGGUUUUACACUGGACAAACUGUCAAAGUUGUUAUCAUCAUCUGGUGAUUUGUCUUGGCGAAGGUGCGACCCUUCAGAUUUCAAGGCAGAGUUUGGUGUGAAGACAAAGACCCAGCUUAUGGCCGAGAAGUCUGUUUUCAAGAGUCUUUUGAUGACUGUCAUCUCAUCCAGUGCUGAAACAGAUCUUCUCGACUCAAAUGAUGAUUUUGUGGUCAAUAUUUGUCGUCAUUUUGCUCUAAUGUUCCACGUUGAUCAUCUAUCUAACUCUCCUAUAACUUCCACAAGUGGGGGUCCCAUGCUCUCAUCAAAUACAAAUAUCAGCUCUAGGCCAAGAAGUAGUACUGGCUCAAAUCUUAGAGAGCUGGACCCCUUAAUAUUUUUAGAUGCUGUGGUGGAUGUGUUAGCUGAUGAAAACAGGCUUCAAGCCAAGGCUGCUCUUAAUGCGUUAAACAUUUUUGCUGAAUCCCUUUUAUUCCUUGCUCGUGCAAAGCACAAUGAGGCACUGAUGUCAAGGGGAGGUCCUGCAACACCUAUGAUUGUCUCUAGCCCGUCGAUGAAUCCCGUUUAUUCUCCGCCUCCUAGUGUUCGUGUCCCUAUUUUUGAGCAACUUUUACCUCGUCUGUUGCACUUGUGCUAUGGGGUUACGUGGCAAGCUCAAAUGGGAGGUGUUGCUGGACUUGGAGCGCUGGUUGGGAAAGUCACUGUUGAGACUCUCUGUCAGUUUCAAGUUAAAAUUGUUCGAGGAUUGAUAUAUGUCUUGAAAAGGCUUCCUAUCUAUGCUAAUAAGGAGCAAGAAGAAACAAGCCAGGUAUUAAUGCAGGUGCUUCGAGUGGUGAACAAUGUUGAUGAGGCAAACAGUGAAUCGCGUAGGCAGAGUUUCCAUGGUGUUGUAGAAUAUCUUGCAUCAGAGCUCUUUAAUGCAAAUGCUUCAAUUAAUGUGAGGAAGACUGUGCAGUCAUGCUUAGCCUUGCUUGCUAGUCGGACAGGUAGUGAGGUAUCUGAAUUGCUUGAGCCUUUGUAUCAGAAUCUACUGCAGCCCCUUAUCAUGCGUCCACUUCGUUCAAAGACGGUUGAUCAACAGGUUGGAACAGUUACUGCAUUAAAUUUCUGUUUGGCAUUGAGGCCGCCUCUCGUGAAGUUGACCCAAGAAUUGGUUAGUUUCUUGCAAGAGGGUUUGCAUAUUGCCGAGGCAGAUGAGACUGUGUGGGUUGUGAAAUUUAUGAAUCCCAAGGUUGCCACGUCCUUGACUAAGCUUCGCACGGCUUGCAUUGAGCUUCUUUGCACUGCAAUGGCCUGGGCAGAUUUUAAAACAGCAAAUCAUGCUGAACUACGUUCGAAGAUCAUAUCUAUGUUCUUUAAGUCCUUGACGUGUCGUACGCCAGAAAUUGUUGCAGUUGCCAAGGAAGGCCUAAGACAGGUCAUCCAGCAGCAGAGAAUGCCUAAAGAACUUCUGCAGACCAGCCUCAGACCCAUCUUGGUCAACUUGGCUUAUACCAAAAAUCUCAGUAUGCCUCUGCUUCAAGGUCUUGCCCGCUUGCUUGAACUUCUAUCUACCUGGUUCAAUGUGACCCUCGGUGGUAAAUUGUUGGAGCACCUGAAAAAAUGGCUAGAGCCUGAAAAACUUGCACAGAGUCAGAAAUCAUGGAAGGCUGGGGAAGAACCAAAAAUUGCUGCAGCCAUUAUCGAGCUGUUCCACCUUCUUCCAAGUGCUGCAGGAAAGUUUCUUGAUGAACUUGUAACUUUAACUAUUGACUUGGAAGGGGCUCUUGCACCUGGACAGUUCUACAGUGAGAUUAAUAGUCCAUACCGUCUUCCGUUAACAAAGUUUCUGAAUCGCUACCCAACAGCGGCUGUUGAGUACUUUCUUGCUCGAUUGAGUCAGACAAAAUAUUUUCGACGGUUUAUGUAUAUAUUAAAGUCUGAUGCUGGACAGCCCUUGAGAGAAGAACUUGCAAAGUCCCCCCAGAAAAUAAUAACUAGUGCCUUUCCCGAGUUUCUGCCGAAAUCGGAGCUAUCCACUGUUUCAGGAUCUGCAGCUACACCUACUGCUCAGUUGGGGGAUGAAGCCCUGGGUGGUCCUCCCUCUGAAGGUUCUAGUGUACCAUCUACUGGCGCUGGAGGCUCAUCAGAUGCUUACUUUCAAGGACUUUCUCUGAUCAAAAUUCUGGCUAAAUUGAUGCCUUCUUGGCUGCAGAGCAACCGUAGUCUGUUUGAUGCUCUAGUACUGGUUUGGAAGUCACCUGCGAGAGUUGCUCGUUUGAAUAAGGAACAGGAGUUGAACCUAGUUCAAGUCAAAGAAAGCAAAUGGCUAGUGAAAUGCUUCCUGAAUUAUUUGAGGCAUGACAAGACUGAAGUGAACGUGCUCUUUGAUAUUCUGUCCAUAUUCUUAUACCACUCUCGCAUUGAUUAUACUUUCCUGAAAGAAUUUUAUAUCAUUGAGGUUGCAGAGGGCUAUCCUCCCAACUUGAAGAAAACUCUUCUGUUACACUUUUUGGACAUUUUCCAGUCUAAGCAGUUGAGUCAUGAUCAUUUGGUGGUGAUUAUGCAAAUGCUUAUUCUGCCAAUGUUAGCGCAUGCCUUCCAGAUUGGUCAAAGUUGGGAGGUGGUUGACCCGGGUAUCAUUAAGACAAUUGUUGAUAAGCUUCUUGAUCCUCCCGAGGAGGUUUCUGCUGAGUAUGAUGAACCAUUGAGGAUAGAACUUUUGCAGCUAGCAACAUUGCUUCUGAAAUAUCUUCAGGGUGACCUUGUUCACCAUAGAAAAGAGCUCAUUAAAUUUGGUUGGAAUCAUCUUAAACGUGAAGAUAGUGCCAGUAAGCAGUGGGCAUUUGUGAAUGUGUGCCACUUCCUAGAAGCUUAUCAGGCCCCAGAGAAAAUCAUACUCCAGGUAUUUGUCGCUCUUCUGAGAACAUGUCAACCAGAGCAUAAGAUGUUGGUGAAGCAAGCACUGGAUAUAUUGAUGCCAGCACUACCACGAAGAUUACCUCCUGGAGAUAAUCGUAUGCCAAUUUGGAUACGCUAUACUAAGAAAAUCCUUGUUGAAGAAGGCCACUCAAUUCCUAAUUUGAUUCACAUUUUCCAGCUCAUCGUCCGUCAUUCAGAUCUUUUUUAUGCCUGCAGAGCACAGUUUGUUCCUCAAAUGGUAAAUUCUCUUAGUCGACUAGGCCUGCCCUACACAACAACUGCAGAAAAUCGACGUCUUGCUAUUGAACUUGCUGGAUUAGUUGUUGGUUGGGAAAGGCAGAGGCAAAGUGAAAUGAAAGCUGUGGCUGGAACUGAUACUAUGUCGACCCAAAAUUCUGAUGUACUAAGUUCAGGUACUAUUGGUGUAGAAUUUAAACGUUCUACAGAUGGACCAGCAGUUCCUGAGGAUCCAAGUAAGCGUGUAAAGAUUGAACCUGGAAUCCAGUCCUUCCCUGUUACUUCUCCACCAGGUGCUGCUUCUAUACCGAACAUCGGAACCCCGGGGUCUGCUACUCAGGCAGAUGAGGAGUUCAAGCCAAAUGCUGCAAUGGAAGAAAUGAUUAUUAAUUUUCUUAUAAGGGUGGCCCUGGUGAUAGAGCCCAAAGACAGGGAAGCAAGUUUGAUGUAUAAACAGGCUCUAGAUCUACUCUCACAAGCUUUGGAAGUGUGGCCACAUGCUAAUGUGAAAUUCAAUUAUCUUGAAAAGUUGCUUAGCAGUAUACAGCCAUCUCAAUCAAAAGAUCCGUCAACUGCUCUUGCUCAGGGAUUGGAUGUCAUGAACAAAGUUUUGGAAAAGCAAGCACAUUUGUUCAUAAAAAAUAACAUCAGCCAGAUUUCUCAAAUUCUUGAACCGUGUUUCAAAUACAAGAUGUUAGAUGCUGGAAGGUCAUUAUGUUCCUUGUUGAAGAUCGUUUUUCUCACUUUUCCCUUGGAUUCUACAAGUACCCCAUCUGAAGUAAAGAUUUUGUACCAGAAAGUUCAAGAUUUGAUAGAGAAGCAAAUUGCAGUUGUCACCGCUCCUCAGACGUCAGGAGAGGAUACAGUAGCCAACUCUAUAAGCUUUGUGCUUUUGGUCAUUAAGACUCUGAUGGAGGUACAAAAGAACCUAAUUGAUCCCUCUUUAUUGGUCCGUAUUCUUCAGCGCCUGGCACGUGAUUUGGGGUCGCUGGCAGGUACUCAAGCAAGACAGGGUCAGAGACUUGAUCCAGAUUCAGUCACCUCAUCUCGUCAUGGUGGUGAUGUGGGAGCUGUCAUCUCUAAUAUUAAAGUGGUUUUGAAACUUAUUGGGGAAAGAGUCAUGCUUGUGCCUGAGUACAAGAGAUCUAUUACACAAAUCCUGAAUGCCCUCCUCUCAGAAAAGGUUACAGAUGCUGGUGUACUACUAUGUAUUUUGGAUGUGGUAAAAGGAUGGAUCGAGGAUGACUACAGUAAAUUAACAACCACCGGCACGAUAACUAGUUUCCUUAAUCCGAAGGAAAUUGUUUCUUUCCUUCAGAAGCUUUCACAAGUUGACAAACAUAAUUUCUCCCCAAGUCAACUUGAGGAAUGGGACAAGAAGUACUUGGUGCUUCUUUAUGGAAUUUGUGCUGAUGCAAAUAGAUAUCCUCUUCCUUUGCGGCAAGAAGUAUUUCAGAAAGUGGAAAGGCAGUAUAUGCUUGGUUUGAGGGCCAAGGAUCCCGAAACUAGAAAGAAGUAUUUUUUGCUUUAUCAUGAAUCUCUUGGUAAGACGUUAUUCGACAGGCUGCAUUACAUCAUCCAAAUUCAGGACUGGGAUGCUUUAAGUGAUGUCUUUUGGCUCAAACAAGGCCUUGAUCUUCUUCUUGCCUUGUUGGUUGAGGAUCAGUCUAUUACACUUGCUCCUAACACUGCAAGAUUGCAGCCUCUUGUUGCACCAUAUCAUAUUCCUGAUGGUUCUGCAAUGCAGCACCAGACUGCUGAUGUUUCUGAAGUUCCAGAUGCUGUUCCACUGACGUUAGAAGGGCUUGUUCAUAAGCACGCCCAUUUUCUGAAUAAGAUGAGCAAAUUGCAGGUUGCUGAUCUUCUUGUGCCAUUGAAAGAGCUUGCUCACACAGAUGCAAAUGUUGCUUAUCAUUUAUGGGUGUUGGUAUUUCCUAUUGUCUGGGUGAGCUUGAACAAAGAUGAACAGGUUGCACUGGCUAAGCCUAUGAUUGCGCUCUUGUCAAAGGAUUGUCACAAGAAACAACAGACUCAUCGACCAAAUGUUGCGCAAGCUCUUUUGGAAGGACUUCAGCUGAGCCACCCACAGCCUAGGAUGCCUAGUGAACUCAUUAAAUAUAUUGGAAAGACCUACAACGCAUGGCAUAUUGCAUUGGCCCUGCUAGAAAGCCAUGUCAUGUUGUUCAUGAAUGAUACCAAGUGCUCUGAGUGUCUUGCUGAGCUUUACCGUUUGCUCAAUGAAGAGGACAUGAGGUGUGGAUUAUGGAAGAAGCGGUCUGUUACAGCAGAAACUAGAGCUGGGCUUUCGCUUGUGCAACAUGGAUACUGGCAACGUGCUCAAAGUCUGUUCUAUCAGGCUAUGGUUAAGGCAACUCAAGGCACGUAUAAUAACACUGUUCCCAAGGCUGAGAUGUGUCUUUGGGAGGAACAGUGGCUUUAUUGUGCUGGACAACUUAGUCAAUGGGAUGCCCUGGCAGAUUUUGGAAAGUCCAUUGAAAAUUAUGACAUUUUACUUGAUAGUCUAUGGAAAGUUCCUGAUUGGGCUUAUAUGAAGGAUCAUGUAAUCCCUAAAGCUCAAGUAGAAGAAAGUCCGAAGCUCAGAGUAAUUCAGGCCUACUUUGCACUCCAUGAUAGAAAUAUUAAUGGUGUUGGAGAUGCUGAAAAUAUUGUUGGGAAAGGUGUUGACCUUGCCUUAGAACAGUGGUGGCAAUUGCCUGAAAUGUCCGUGCAUGCUAGGAUACCUCUUUUGCAGCAAUUUCAGCAGCUAGUUGAAGUUCAAGAAUCUGCUAGAAUUCUUGUUGAUAUUGCAAAUGGGAACAAGCAUGCUGGGAACUCUGCUGCCGGUGGACAUGGGGGAAUAUAUGCAGAUCUAAAGGAUAUUCUUGAGACAUGGAGAUUAAGGACACCAAAUGAAUGGGAUAACAUGACAGUCUGGUAUGAUUUGCUGCAAUGGAGAAAUGAAAUAUACAAUGCCGUCAUAGAUGCUUUUAAGGAUUUUGGCUCAAGUAAUCCUCAACUUCAUCACCUUGGCUACCGUGAUAAAGCAUGGAAUGUCAAUAAACUUGCUCAUAUUUCUCGCAAGCAGGGGAUUUAUGAUGUUUGUGUCACCAUACUUGAAAAAAUGUAUGGUCACUCCACUAUGGAGGUGCAGGAGGCCUUUGUUAAAAUUAGAGAACAAGCAAAAGCAUAUCUUGAAAUGAAGGGUGAAGUGACAAGUGGGCUGAAUUUGAUCAAUAGCACAAAUCUUGAAUAUUUCCCUGUCAAGCACAAAGCAGAAAUUUUUCGCCUGAAGGGAGAUUUUCUUUUAAAGUUAAAUGACUGUGAAGCUGCUAAUCGAGAGUACUCAAAUGCCAUCAGUCUUUUCAAAAACCUACCAAAAGGAUGGAUCAGUUGGGGAAAUUAUUGUGACAUGGCUUAUAAAGAAACACAUGAUGAGAUUUGGUUGGAGUAUGCUGUCAGUUGUUUUCUACAGGGUAUCAAAUUUGGUAUCCCCAACUCAAGAAGCUAUCUAGCUCGUGUUCUUUACCUUCUCAGUUUUGACACC